UUACUCCAUUCAUUGACACAGAACAGGCAAUCGUAUUACCGGUGGCCAUUUCAAAUCUAGGUCAGUCAACUCAGGAUGUCCUCCUGGGAAAGAGCGCGCUACAUUCCAUGGGAUCGUAUUCCACAAACAGGAACAAACUUGGAGGAACAAAAGGAAAGAAUUUUUCGUGAAUUGCAACGCGAAACAAUCGAGGAUGAAUUUCUGCAGCAAGAUCGCCACUCUGAGCAACCGGUGGUUACCGGGGAACAAAGCACUGACUCCGCAAAACCAUUCACUUCAAAUAAGGUCCCUUACUCAAACAUGGAAUUACUACGUCAAGCAGCGUUUGGAGGUUGUCUCGGUACCAUCACUGGCGCUGUUUUUGGAUUCAUGGAUGGCAUGAGGACAGCUCAAGAGUCGAGUGUUUUACAAAAUGCGUCCAAUGUCGCCAAGGGGCGGUAUUUAAUGCAAGGUACCACGCGCUCAGCGACCUUGUUUGGUGUCUUUUUCGGUGGUUUUCACAUCCUGAAAUACGGGCUCAAAGUGACGCUAGACCCUGGCGAUGUAGGCGAGAUUGGCGUUGCCGGAGCUGCGUCAGUAGGGACGCUGUUUGCAAGGCCGGCAUGGCGUCCGAACAUACCAUAUGCUCUCAUGCUAGUAGCAAUGGAUGGAUUCAAUCUGUACAUGCGUAAAAGCAGCUAAAUUUACAUUUACAUGGUGAACGUC